AUGCCUCCACCCUCGCAAGGACUACCACCGCCGUCGCAAAUACAAGAUCCGCCCACUUCUCUGCGCGGCUCGGGCGUACCGUCUACUACGACUGCGCCGGUGCCUGAGCGAAGCCAGACCGAGGAUAUCGACCCCAAGACUGGCAAGCGAGCAUUGUUCGAGUCCGGUAAACAGAGAGCAGACUUCGGAUCGCAGAGUACGGAGGCGACAGUGGCAGGUGCAGCCGGCAUGAUGCCGCAAACGCAAGCGGCUAUCAGUGCCAUGAAAUCGGGCUCGUCAGAGCUGAAACCCCAUCCAGCACCCAUUCCAAUCUCGCCAGCCAGACUACCAUACCAAGCUAUGGCGCCGUCGCCGUCGCUACUAAGAUCGAGCUCGCCACGACUGCAUAGCCCGGCCGACAGCGAGAUCUUCGAGCGCAACGUGCAAGAACCGGUUGCGAUCUCCACCUUACAAGGCGAGCUUAGCCCGGCACAUAUGCCGAGCCACGUCAUUACCGAAGACCACAUCCCUCCUGCGUUAGAGGCUACAGUGAACGCCAUUACGAGCGAAACACUGAACCCAGAUGAGGUGGAGAUCGUGACGUCCACGUCACAUCAGCCAGCGGCGGAGAAAGUGCUUGAAGCUUCCGCAAGCCAAGCAGACCUCACGCAGCUCCACUCGCCCCCGUUGAAGCACUCGGCCUCCGACAACUCCGAUGUCAACUCCUCUUUCCACCAUCUACCCACCACCAACGAGGAGGACGGCGCAAGCACAUACGGCCAACUCGACCCGAAUGACGUCCGACGACUCAGCUUCAUCUCCUUCGCCGACGUAGUACAAGCCGAGCAUCAGCAGCAGGCUGCCGCCUCCUCGAUGGACAACGUCGGGCUGCCAGGGAGCUUCUCCGGUGCGCAAGACCGUGCGUCGCCGCCUCUGCGAUCACCACGCUCUCCCGGCAGUCUCGGAGGCGGACUCACGACGCCGCCGCCUGUGCAUGCGCAUGAGCAGAGUCCGGUGAGGUCGGCGAUUAUAGGUGGUAGCGCUCCGACUCAGCACGGUGAGCUACAGAUUGAGACGAUGAGGCAGGCGGUGCGGAAGACGGCGAGCAGGGAUAUGAGCGGUGUUAGAAGUGCGGGUAUGAGCUUGAUUGGAGAUGAUGGUGCUUCUGGCAGUGAGACCAGGAGCAGAACGAAUACAUGA